AUGCAGGGCUUUAAUAUGGGACGUUAUGUCCCUCCAGACCAAGAAGGCCUGACAACCGGCAACAAACUGGCCGGUAAACACGCCCUCGGCGCGCGCGCACGCCACCUACAAACUAAAGGAGCCCUGGUCGUUCGCUUUGAGAUGCCCUUUGCAAUAUGGUGCACAACCUGCAAACCCCAUGAGACCAUUAUCGGACAAGGGGUACGAUUCAACGCCGAAAAGAAAAAAGUGGACAGUUACUAUUCGACUCCCGUGUACAGCUUUCGCAUGAAACAUACGACGUGUGGAGGAUGGAUUGAGAUUAGGACGGACCCGAAGAAUACGGCGUAUGUGGUGACAGAGGGGGCGAGGAAGAGGGAUACAGGCGAGGAUAAAGAAGAAGAGCCUGGGGAGUUUAAAAUCGGGUUGAAUGAUCGGGCAAAGGAGGAAAAGGAUCCGUUUGCGAAGCUGGAAGGGAAAGUCGAGGAUAAGCGACAGGCGGAGACGGCGACGAUGCGGAUUCAGGAAUUGCAGAAACGCCAGCGUCGCGAUUGGGAGGAUCCAUACGAGCAGUCGAGGAAGUUGCGCAAGACAUUUCGCCACGAGCGGAGGCGGUUGGAGGGGGUGGGUGAAGUUAAUGAGGCGCUCAAGGAUAGGAUGAGUCUAGGGAUUGAUUUGCUGGAGGAAACUGAGGAGGACCGUCUACGAGCGAGCUUUGUUGAUUUUGGGCCUGCCGUGUCGGGCAAUGGUACGACUUUGGUUACGAAAAGUCGGAUUCGACCAAUGUUUGGCGAUGAAACUGUCCUCUCUCAAAAGGCUUCUAGCACAAAUAAAAGCUCACUUGACCGCCGAAAGGAAAAGGGAAAGCCUAAAUCGGAAGUGCUUGCAGCUGAACGAAAGGCUCUGUUGAGCAGCGAGUUGCGUGGUAAUACUCGUGCUGUAGUGGACCCAUUCCUGAACGAAGGCGCAAAGGCCUGGCAGCCACCCCAACUGAAGGCACGCGGGAUUCGUGAUAAGGUUAUUGGAGCAACAGUCGAAGCUGGUGAAAAGGACGAAAACUUGAAAAACGAACCUGUGGCACAGGAUCCGGCACAUCUAAGUACGCCCACAGCUUUGGUGGAAUAUGGAUCGGAAUCGGAAUGA